AUGGGAGAUUCCAACACCAGGAGAAACCUCCCAAAGCUGUUCGAGUUUGUCAGGGAUGACUUCAUGAAUGGCUUGCACAUCCUAGAUUUCUGUGCCACCCUUGAGAAUUGCUUGAAGUACCCAAACACCUGGGCGAAAUUGAGGAAUUUCAGGAAGACUGCAGACCCUUUGAGAUCAACAAAGUUAAUGUCUGAGAAGUUGCAGAUCAAGAAGGAGAUUGACACAAAGCUCAAGAGCAUCCACACUUGUGCAAAGGUCUCAAGCACUAUCCUAGUUACAACUUUUGAAGCCAUACUGCUCUAUCUAGUAAUGACUGCUAUGGUGUUUGUUCCGCCAGUCACCACGGCUCUAGUUGCUGCAGUUGCCUUCCCAUGGUUUUGGUGGGCUAGUGGAUUGACUCCCUUUGGAAGAAUUAUGAAAAUACGCUUAUGGAACAUGGAAGGGUGUUCACCUUAUUGCAUAAUUCUUAUUGACUGUCUGGAGGUACAUAAUAAGAGCCUCUUGCUAACGACUGAUUUUGUGAUUGAGGAGGGAGCAGAAGCAGAGAAGCUUGGAAUGGCAGACAUCAAGAAGAAGCUGAGAGAUUUCUUGAAAGAUGUCAAAUAA